CACACGCACACUGACGCAGACGGCUUGACACUUGACAUCGUAAAAAAGUUCUUGAUUCAAAAAAAAAGUUCAAUUGUUCACAAUGCUAAAAGUUUUGAGGUUAUCCAGUGUGUUAAAAAGGAUAUCAUUGUUCCAAACAGCGAAUACACUUCAAUUCUCAAUAAAAAAACAUUCGACUAUGGCGUCCACCAGUUCGGAAGACAGUUUAAGUGGCCUAAUAAAAUUUCUUGAAAUAGUGGGCAAUCUCAAGCACAUCAAACGGGCAGGAUGGGUAUUGCGAGAUGUACCGAAUUGCGAAACUGUAGCUGGACACAUGUACCGGAUGAGUAUCAUGACAUUCCUAUUGGACGGAAGGGAGGGCCUCGACAGAACGAAAUGUUUAGAAAUGGCUUUGGUUCAUGAUUUGGCUGAAAGUCUAGUGGGCGACAUAACACCGUACUGCGGAAUAUCUAAAGAAGACAAGAAAAAGAAAGAAUUGGAAGCCAUGCAGGAGAUAGCUAAUCUGAUCGAGCCACGAGGAAAGCAUUUGAUGGAAUUGUUUUUGGAAUACGAAGAGAAUCAAACGGCUGAAUCGAAAUUCGUCAAAGAUUUGGACCGUUUGGAUAUGGUUCUGCAAGCGUUCGAAUACGAGAAACGCGACGAAUGUCCCAAAAAGCAUCAGGAAUUUUUCGACUCAACGGAAGGUAAAUUUAAUCAUCCAUUGGUUAUCGGUCUGGUCGAACAAAUUAAGGCGCAACGGGAUGCAGUAGGCGAUACGGAAAAACAGUUGUCCACAAGUUGAUGAUACGUUGAAUGUUGAACUAAUUUUUUUUUGAAUCUAGGCAAAUUUUUUACGUUCCUUUACGCCCCUACCGCCCUUCGCGCUGAUUUUUUUUUUUUAAUUUUCCUUUCGUUACAAAAAGUGUUGAACAAUUUUCAUUUUACGUUUUAGAGCUUUUACAAAACAUGAUUUCUAAUUCGGCUCGACAGUCACUAUCAACUUCCUGAUCUAUUUUUAGACGCAAAAUUUGUUUCGUUGUACAUCAACGUUCGUGUGUCGAUUUUUUUUUGUUUUUCUUCAUUUCUUUGUUUGGUUCACAAACAAACACCUAGUCAGUUUAUUUCUAACGUCAAUACAAAUACUCUCAAAGGAAAAUUAUCGAUUUUUGAAUGCACGUUGAGAAUGUCGGCAGACAGGCAGUUUGACACUAGUGUGAGAUUCGAAGUUGGCAAAAUGUUUCAACGGAAGAAUUAAAUGUUUGAACGAAAUAACCGAAGAGUGAAAUAGUAGCGCACCGAUUGUGCAGAUUGUUCUUGGGUGCUUCAGAGUAUUUCACUUUUUUACGAUAAAUCUUUCAGUUCAGUGUGAGGUGGAUUGGAUACCGGUAUCGAUUUGUCUUUUAAGUAGUUUACGUCGAUCAUUUUAUGAGACUGUUCACUAGACUGGGUCGAUUUUUCCACUUUGAAAGUCAAUACCCAGUCCCCUAUUGCAGCUUGCUAGGACAAUCUACAUCUUUAUUUAUCGACUAAUUUAGGUACACUGUGUCUGAAUAUGACGAUCACCUGCCAUCAGAGCACCUGAUUUUCUACAGCAUACUCCAUAUGUCGUGUAAAGACGGAGUGUGACAUAUUUACACUACGAAAGUUCUCUUGUGUCGUCACUAUUAGAUGUAUGUGGAGAAUAAGUGGAAAGCUUAGGUAACAUCAAGUAUUCCUAAUCUUUACAUGGUUUGUUACAACAGCAGUACUUAUCAAAGUUUACAGUAACUCCAAAAGAUCGUUCAUACAUUCGAGUGAUAUUCAAAAGUUGUCGAAAAUGGAAUACUCAGAAUACGCAAAAUGCAGAUAAGUUCUUUCCCGGCAAGCUGCAAUAGGGACUGGGUGUUGAUUUUAAAAAUGGGAACGGAUGGACAAAGGAAUGAAAUUUGAUUUCAGCAUGGGUUUCAUUCGAUGAAAAAGUCAAACAGAACAAAUGCUGCGCUAGAUUCGACAAAGGAUAGGCCAAAAUACCGUCACUGGCUUUGAGUUAGAUUCAAGAAACUUUCCCUUGAUAAUUGAUAUCCAAUUGGAUUAUGCUUCGAAUGCCAGUUCAAAGCUUUGAAGUUUACAAACCACUCGAAAUUAAUGUUCAGUGAUUUUCCUUGUCCAUUUUAUUACUUUUGAGAAAAUACUCCAUAAAAUUAAAAUUUUAUUUCAAUUCAUUCUACAGAAAACAUGCUAAAGAACAGACAAUCAAAAUUAAUUAAUUAAAAUUUGAGUAAAUUGAAAUAAGGAAAAUGAGAACCUUACCAUUGUGUAAAGCAGUUGGGGAAAUGCAAUGGCGAUCCAUUUGACCAUUUUCAGAGUCAAUCGAAUUUAAAUAUUUCUGGCUGUUCUGCCUUUCCCUUAUUCAAUUGUUGCACAUUUGCAGCUUGUCACAAAUUCCAACUUUUACCUUUACCGAUUCAAUUUGCGUCUACAAUUUUAAUGGAAUUAUCAUAAAUCAAAGAGAAAAUCAGGCUCAAUUUUAAAAUCUUGUGUGAAAUAGACCGGAAUUUGAGGAAACACGAACAUUUGAUGCAGAAGAAGUGUCUACUCUGGAAUGGAUCCGAUUACAUGUAGCCAAAAUUACGUAGGGUAGAUUGUGUUGAACUGAAUAGGAUUGAAGUUCAAAAGGCAUCGAUGUUAACGAAUCAUUUAUUUAAAGCUUGGAACUCUUAUUGGGAGUUUUAUUUACCGAAAUUUACUGAAUGACGUUUUCGGUAAAUUCCGGUACACACAUUCGCAUGUGUUUGAGUCACAACAUAUGAAUGUGUAUAACAUGGUGGACUAAAUCAGAAAUUUCUAACAUGGCGGCACUUUAAGGUAUUCAUGACUGUAGCGAAAUUCACCACAAAUUUACCGAAAAGUUCUUCGGUUAAUUUCACUCAAUUUCAGUAUUUUUCAUUAAUUUCAGUAAACAAAACUCCCAAUAAUGAACUCUGGCUCAUUCAGGUUCAAGUUCAAUCCGAAAUCUGAAAGUGGUGAGCAGAUCACCUGAACCUUUGGGUUCAUAACAUUAAUUAUGAAGCACAAUCGGACUCAAUUAAUCGAUUUUCUCACUCUUGUGACGCCUUCGUCUAUUAUUAAUCCGAAAGAUUUGUCGAUUCGCACGGAAAUUCUACUCAAAAAUUAUUGUGUACUUACGCCUUACCUUCUCGGUUGAAAAUGGAAUCUUCAAUUCGUCAGAAUGAGCAUACUCACUCUUCUCACAGGACCUGUUUUCUAAAACCUAGGCACUUUUCACGUUCUAUUUUCUUUUGUGGAGCGAAGUUGUUUUUUUCGACACUCUUAGGCUUGUGGUAUCGGCUUAGUUUGUAAUUAACAAAAGUUCAUCCUGACGUGAAUUUCACUUCGUCUCUUACAGCAAAUAUUGUUGGUGUAUCUAGCGUCAAUUUGCCUUCUAUUUUUGGGAAAUCGAUUUCCCAUAAUUUAUUAAAAUUUUCCAGAAAAUCAAUUUCCCAAAAAUAAGCCCUGCCUCUCAACCGCUCAAUCUAUGCCCAAAUGUAGAUUACUUUAAAAGAAAUCGUACGAAAGUGCAGUAAGUCAUACCGGGGAACCUCUUUCCCACGCAACGUGCAGUCGAAAAUUGUGUGCAAUUAGCCAACGGCUAUCAGAGAUUCAUUCUCGAACGACA